GACCUCAUCGGGAAGUUUUUAAUUCCGAGCUCCACGCAGUUACUUCAACGAAUGCAUUAAAAGAUAGAUACAAUACUACUAUAAAUAAGUCCUUUUUUCGCGAUGAAGCUCCAAAUAAAAAAAUAAAAAUCAGCGCUUUUGGAGAUGGGAGGGCUUACCGGUUUUUAUUGCGGACGCCUGCCCUAUCGCCUGGAAUUGUAGGAAUAGAUUUAGAGGAAAAUAAAAAUCUCGAAAUUUCUAAACUAAAAGUAGUGGAUCCAUUUUCCCACGGGUCGUUUGCUGAUAAGAAUGCUAAACGCCUAUUGGAGCGAAUUAGCACUUCAAAAAGCUCCAUGGAGCAGGACGGCGGGCGUCCGGCCAUCCCGGCGUCCAGAUUCCAAGUGGCUUCUGUCCGGCGAGACAUCUCUUACUUGCCAGUUUCCUUGCGAAAACUUCCCGAGUCGAGUCGUCUAUUCCGUGGCUCGAACGCUAUUACUGCCGGCCUAGAAAGAGCGAGGGCCUCCUUACGUAAGCAGGAUCACGUGGAAAGCAAAGAGACUGUCUUUCCGGUCUGUGAAAAUAAAAAAUCUCUUCCGAUGCUGCAGCAUAAUAUUCAAGAAAAAACCAUCGCAACUGAAGUUGCGCCUGCUGAGAGCCCGUCUACCCUGUCCUGCACGAACACCCCUGAAGCUAAAGAAAUGCCACAGGAGGACACACGUGGUGAAGUCUCACCUGUCCAUGUGAAAACUCUUCACGAGGGAAUUUUCACAUUCACCGAGCCGUUCUUAUUAUAUAAUGAACACUUUAGCUUGCCAACCACAUGUCUUUUUCCGAUAUCGCCUCCAGAACCUCUUGAGCCUUCACUUAGCCUUCCAGAAGAAAAGAAAGAAAAGCAAAUAAAAAGUAACACAGAAUCUUUAACUAAACUUCGUAACGAAGAAUCAUUAAAAACUUUUCCAAUAACUUCUGAAAAUUUUUUUUCUACUAAAACUUUUUUUAAACCAGAAGCUGAAAAAAAUGAGGGGAGCAUUGACGUGCCCGUAAAAGUUUCUGAAGAACCUGAAAACCUUAAAAGAAACUGUAGUGAGGUGCCAUUUAAUGAAAAAAGUGAGAGCCCUACACUUUCUUCGGAGGUUAUUAACAGCAAACGCACAACUGUUAUAGGCAAUUAUUACAUAUAUAUUUAA